AUGAUAUUGGAACAGGCUAAAGUAUUUUUGGAUUGCAAAGAUGAAUUUAAUAAUACUAAAAAUCAAGUUAAGAUUGAAAAAGAAGUCAUAACACCAAUUACACAAUUACACGAUUUCGACGGAAGAGAGGAAGACUGGCAAACUUUCGUAGAAUUAUUUAAAGAUUACGUACAUAAUAAUCGAAAUUUAUCAUCCUCAAUGAAACUUGACUAUUUAAGAUCUCACAUUAAAGGGGAUGCGCGUAUGACUAUUAGUCAUCUAUUAUCUGGAACAUCAGCAAACUAUGAAGCGGCGUGGGAUACAAAUUUUGACAAAUUACUUGACAUGAAAACAAUUAACUCAUCAUCAGUUUUGAGUUUAAGAGACGCUCAUGAUCAAAUUAAACAAUGCAUUCAACUAAUUGAAUCUAAACAGGCAGAACCUAACUGUGACAAAUUAUACGCGCACAUAAUAAUAAGAAAAUUGGAUAAAGAAGGUAUUCAAUUAUAUGAACAAUACAUUAAAAAACCAAGAGAAAUAAACACACUAAAAGAUGUAUUUGAAUUUCUGGAACAACAAUUCCAAACUCUGGAAGCCCAAAAUAGCCUUAAAACAUCAAGAAUAAACUAUAUUAAUCCACCAACUAACAUAAGAAUUCAGAACAAUACUAUCCAAUGCCAAUGUUGUAAUCAAUUAGGUCAUCGGAUGUAUAAUUGCAAACGAUUUAUGGACAUGUCGAUUGGACAACGAACAUCAUUAAUCCGCAAUAAACAACUAUGCGAGAUAUGUUUGAGUCAUAAUAAUCGCAUUAAAUGCAACUCUACACACAAAUGCAAAAAGUGUAAUAAAGCUCACAAUUCUCUUUUACACAUGGAAUACAAUUUAAAUCAACGUCAGCAAAACAGCAGAAAUAACCCAAAAAUUAAUAAAGAAGGAAAAACUUAUUCAACAAUAAUAAAAGAUAAGAAACAAUUAACCUUACUUCCAACUGUAUUAAUCAGCACAAAAUCAUCAGAUGGAAAUAUUCAUCAAUUGAGAGCCUUGGUAGAUCAAGGUUCGCAAGUAUCAAUGGUGUCUGAGAAGGUAGUUCAAUUAUUGAUAUUAAAAAAAAUGAAACACAUGACCAAAUUGUCAGGGGUAUCUAACACAACGGUUGGUACAUCAAACGCUAGAGUCUUUAUGGAAACAUCAUCAAGCAACUUGCAAAGUUCUACAAUACUGAAUAUAAACAGUCCGGUUAUAAAAGAAGCAGAUGCGGUCGGAAUCAAUAAUAUAAAACCCUGGCGUGGAAAAACUCCAACAGAAUUAUUUAAAUUGUUUUUCGAUAAAGAAGUUGUUGAGUUAAUUAUUACAGAAAGUAAGAAGUAUGCAAGUCAGAAUAAUGUAACAACUAACAUUCUCGACGAACGUUUGCUUAAUCGCUUCAUUGGAUUUCUCUUGUUCAGUGGCUAUCAUAAGCUUCCAGAAAUUGAGCAUUAUUGGCGGCAACAGAAUGAUUUUGGUAUUCCAAUAGUUAAGGAAGCACGUACUCGCAAUGAAUUUCGUCAUGUGAAACGAUUUCUGCACAUUGCAGACAAUAAUUCACUUGAUAGUAAUGAUCGAUUUGCAAAAGUAACACCUUUAAUUGCUUUGGUUAAUAAAAAAUUCAUGCAGUUUGGAGUGUUUCAUGAAUACUUGUCUAUAGAUGAGCAAAUGGUUCCAUACUUUGGGCGACACAGUUCAAAAAUGUACAUUCGCAACAAACCAAUUAAGUUUGGUUUUAAAUUAUGGGUAUUAGCUUCAUCUGAUGGCUAUAUGUAUAGUACAAUUCCAUAUGCUGGUUCAACUCAACCAUACGAUAAAGAAAUUGGACUUGGAGCGCAUGUUGUAUUGAAGUUGCUAGAAAAUGUUGAACAUUCUGAAUGGCAUUGUGUAUAUUUUGAUAAUUUUUUUACAUCAUUCUAUUUGAUGUAUGUACUAUCACAGAAAAAUUUUCUAGCAUGUGGAACAGUCUGUCGAAAUCGUUUGCCGUCAAACCUCUCCCUUAAAGGAAAAAAAGAAUUGAAAAAAGGUGAAUCCGAUUAUGCUUUUGAUAAGCAAAACGGAUUAAUUUACGUUAUAUCUUGGCAAGAUAAUUCGCUUGUUACAAUUGCAACGAUUUUCGAAUCAAUGGAACCCAUGAAUUCGGCCCGUCGUUACAAUAGGACUUUACAAAAGUAUGUGAAUGUUCCUCAGCCUCACGCGAUUGCAAAUUAUAAUUUGCACAUGGGUGGUGUCGAUAUGGCGGAUAAUGCAAUAUCGAACUAUCGCAUAUCCAUCCGUGGGAAAAAGUGGUGGUGGCCUUUGUUUUCAAAUGCAGUGAAUUCGUGCUUAGUAAAUGCGUGGAAACUUCAUUGCUUCAUUGCAAAAGCACUUUAA